AUGUACAGGACAGGAAAACGCUCACAAAACAAGCCUCAGUCUGCUCCUCGAUCAAGCUUUAACCGUAUAAGUGGCAUCAGCAGGCUUAAAACAGCACCGCAAAAUGUUGGCUCAAGCCAAAAGAUGACCUCAGAUAUUGAAAACUCUGACACCAUUUUGAAUGAAAGUGAGGAAAAAAAUAACAUUGUAGAGGAUAAAAACAAUGACAAGAGGAUGAAGUCAAAGCCAGCCUACUCAGAUGAUGAGGACAGCCUCAGUUUUGGGGACAAAGACAAUAACACACGUCUUGAAGAGCUGAUGAAGCUGCAUCACCUUCAGAAACUGAUGAAGGAGUUCAGUUACUUUAAACCUCCAGACAUCAUUCUACAGGAGGCCACAAGUUACUUUCCUGCUAAAGUCCAGAAACGUGUGCCAGGUGCCAUGAAUAUGGUAGAGUUUAAGGAAGCAUUUAGCCGUGUUCUGGAGACCCAUGAGUAUGAUGAGUACCUGGAGAAACUCUUCCAGAAGCUGGACACUACUUGUGAUGGCUAUGUAGAUUGGAGUGAAUUCUGUACCUACAUGCUACUUCUGUAUAGAGAGAAUGACUAUAUGAGGACCAAGAGAGAAAUUCCUUUCCUGGUGGAACCCAAGAUCAGACAUAUUGUGCAAAACAAGCAAGAGCAGUCGACAAAGGUUCUAGCAUCAGAGAAUCCCAGUCGAUAUGUCACAGUAAGCAAGGAAGGAGCCAUCACAGUGUGGCAAACCAACAUGGUGAUGGAGAAGACUUACACGAUAUCUGAUGAUGAAACAGAACUUAAUGCUCCAAAACGUCGCUUUAAGAUGUGGGUGACUGAUGCCAUUUACCUUCCCAACUGUAACAAGCUAGCCCUGGCCUCCACCAGUAGAGAUAUACGUAUAUUUGACUGUUCCACCAACCAGUGGUUUGAGGAGUACAACCUCUUUGCCAUGUCAGAUGUCCCAUACUGUUUUGAUUACUGGUAUGACAAAAAAAACCCCGCAGCAAUGUCUGUGCUUAUAUUUGGUGUUGAUGCUGGUGCUGUUCAUGUGUUGUACUUCAAGAAACCUCUUACUCAACUGUUUGAGACAGCUUUUAAAAGUGAAGAUGGAGCCCAAAAAAUAUUUUGGAGUGAAGUGGAAAAAGGAGGGCACUCUCGUUAUGUAGGACAUGAAAAAAUUUUACAUGAUAAAGUUCAACAAAUUCCACCUCAUCUUAUCCGACAAGUGCAAUAUAUCCAUAGCAAAAACUCUAUCAUUUCAUCUACAAGCUCACCAAACCGAUCCAUUGUCAUCUCCGACAUCAACAAACUUAAGAAACAAUAUGUGUUCAACAUCGAAAAGGGUAUAGAAUGUUUUGAUUAUAAUCAGAAUUUAAACAUUCUUGUGACUGGAAGUCUUGAUCACAUUAUACGGUUAUGGAACGCCUAUGUAGCUAGCCGACCAAUCGCGAUGUUGGAAGGUCAUUCCACAGGGGUCAUUGGGGUGAAGAUUCAUGAAGGCCUCAUGCAAGUGUUCAGCUAUUCAAAAGAUGCUGUGGUGAAGGUGUGGGACAUUCGUGAACACACCUGUCUACAGACAGUGGUGCUUAAGUUCCCGAGUAGCAUUCAUGGGCGUAUGCCGGAGCACGGACAGUUCCCCAUGCACCUGCAGCCGUCGCCCCAGGAUGCUCUUAUUGUGACUUGUAAUGAUUACCUAGGAAUGCUGAAGCUGGGACAAACACACAUACCCAAACAACAAUCUAUUACCACCCAUGACACUCAGCUGUGUUCUGCCAUCUAUAACCAACUCUUUAAACAGGUUGUAACUGGCUGUGAUUCCUCAAACAUUGCUGUCUGGGACCUGGAGAGUGGAAGUAAAGCAAUUGUUUUCUCUAACGCACAUGGAGAGGAGGAAAUCACAAGUAUGGUGUUUGAUGAGUCUUGGAGAAGACUUAUCACAGGGGCACGCAACGGAACAAUUAAGGUGUGGAACUUCCAGAAUGGACAUAAUCUACACAAGUUAGAGGCCGUAGGGGAAGCUGAAGUGACUGGCAUCGUCCCUGUCAUGGACAAAAACAUCAUUCUUGCUGUCGGCUGGAGUCGCAAGAUAAUAGUUUACGAUGAUUCAGAUGCUGAUAAUUUGUAUGUCCCAGCAAACACAGACUGGAAAGGGGGACAACUCCAUGCAGAUGAUAUUUUAGCAAUGGACUUUUGCCUGCCUCAGUUUCUGGCCACUGGUGGGUUUGAUGGUGAGAUUACAGUCUGGGACCUAGAAACAGAGAAAAUAUUUGUACGACUGCGAAGAGGACAGAAACCAGACAUAACUAAGAAAAUUGAGGCUAUCCAGGAACAACACAGUUUCCUCAGUAGUUACAGUACCAUGGACAUGCUAGAGGAGGCUCAGAAGUCAUCCCAGACCACCUCUGGUCCACGACCUUCCUCCAAUACUCUCCUGUCUCGUCCUAACUCACGCCACAGGAAGUCACACAGAAUAGAAAAAGGGCAGCCUGUUCCUGUUGAUAAACUCCUGUUCCUGCGAGCACGCUGUGCUGGAAGAGCAAUGGAGGCUGCCAUGCUGGUAUCUAGUGAGGCUGGUCACCUAAGAUGGUGGUGUCUCUUCACGGCUAAACACGAGAUGGGGUAUUUCUAUGUACCAGACACAAAAGACGAGUCAGUAUUAGCCAUGUGUACAAACCUUAGUAACUCAUGCCUUAUCACCGGUGAUACUACAGGACAGGUCAAAUCAUGGGACAUCUCCGAGUACUGUUUACAUACAACAGAGAGGAGAGUGAAGACAUGUCCGCCUCUGAAUGUGUCCUUCAAGGCCCACGACUCUGCUGUGGUCAGUGUGGAGUAUGUUACACACGAAGCAGGGGAAUUCAUCCUUACUGCCUCUACAGACAAAACAGCACGGCUCUGGACCAUGGAGGGUCACUACAUAGGAACGUUUGGUCAGAAAAAAUUGUGGAAUCUGAAGAACAAAAUGACUUGGUGUCAUCCUAAGACACCGUGGGAUAUGACGGGGACCAGUAAGACAGAGGGUGAUAAGACAAACAACAACAGCCAAUCAGAUAUAGGUAUGGAGCCAGAAAAUGUACAAGUCAAAAAUCACGAGGAAAGUUCAAAUAAGGACAAUCGGGAGGUAGUGGAGGAGAAGGAAGAAGAGGAGGAAGAUGUGGAAGAUGAAUCUGUGGAGGCUACCCAGGUGGAGGGACAAAAUGAUAAGGGUCACAACCUAAACAUCAAGGUCAGGGCACAGACUAUUGACCUUGGGUCACUACGACCUGAGCGCUCAAAGACAUUCCUUGGCUCCAAGGUAGCAAAGCAAUUACAGAGUAUGAAGACAUGUCGUAUGGACAGAAGGAACAGGCUGGCUGAGGAUGUAGACUUUACUAUUACUCAGAGAUAUGGCAAAUUAUGCUCCCCUUUCCAGGCUCUUCAAACAAAGGAUGUUGUCGACGUGAAGCUGCCAAGCAUGCCCAUGAGUCAAAGAAUGAUCAACAAGGGGUACACAUCAGAUAACAUGACAGAGGAAAUGCUGAGAAACAUGGACUUUUCCUAUGGGAACCCUGACACCCCUCCAAGUAGUGACCAAGAAAAAAAGGUUACUAGUGUCCCAAAGUCUGACAAGACUUCCACACCUGCCAGUAGAAGAGGUGCACCAAGACAAAUCUCUGCUGUCAAAAAACACAACACUGUUGUAUAGUAUUACUGAUGAUGACACCUACCAAUGAUGUUAACUUGUGGUCUUCUGCAGAGCAAAUUUUUACACUGACAGAUAGGGUUGUGGCAUCCGGAACAGCUCAUUGUGGAUAUAGUUGAAUGAGUUUGGUACAAGUCAUUUUCACUUGACCAAUGGAAAUACUGUUUCAGUCAAACAUACAUUCACUGGUCACUGAUAUAGUCUCAUGGUCCAUAACCUGAAUGGAAACAUCAUCAGACAAGUGUUUACAAAGCAGUUGGUCUAUACCCAACUGUGUCAUGCAUAUAUCCAGUGAGACAACCUAAUAAAGGUUAACCGAUUAAUGCAUGGUGAACAGGAAAAUGUCUUAAAUGAACUAUUUAUAUGUAUCCUUGGAAGAAACAAGGGGAGAUAACUCAACAACUAAGAUCCUGAUG